UAACUGCUCUCUUGCCUUAAAAUGUCAGGAUUACCAGAAGACGAGUUCGGGCCGGUCGCCAGCUGCAGCCUCAGCUCCGGCGGGCUGACGCUUGUGAAGGGCUCACUCGAGCUGUCUGGGUUAUUCCUAGUACAGGCGUAUCUUAAGGUUCUGCUGCAGCGUAAUUACGCGGUUGUGCUAGUGACGGCCGAGCAGUUGCUGGAGAGAUAUCAGUACACAUGCAAGAAAAUGGGGGUGAGCCUGUUGCAGUACCAGCAGUCCAACCACCUAUUCCAUGUUGAGGCGCCACUGGCGGCGGUGGGCGGCGCCAUUGGGCCAGAGGUGGACCUGGCGCCUGCUCCCGGCAGCGGCGGCAGCCGGUUGCAGCAGCUCAUAGCAGCGGUGCAGCAGGCCGCGAUGCAGCGUGCACCGUCGGCCGCGGGCGUGGCGCUGGUCAUUGACUCCCUCACGGUGCUGUCGGGGAUGUGCCCCGACCAGAAGGAGUGGACGGCGUUCCUGCACUAUUGCUGCAGCGGCUUGCUGGGCACCAGCGCCGCCGCCGGUGGUCAGGGCAUGGUGGACCAGGCGCCGCAAGAGCAGGUGCCGUACUGCUUCGUGGCGGGUGCGUAUGAGGACGUGUCGAAUGACCGGCGGUGGCUGGCAUCCCUAGAGCACCGUGCCAACAUGGUGGUCACCGUGGGGCCACUGCCCGGGGGAAAGAUGGCUGACGUGGACGGACAGGUGACAUUUACGCAGCGGUUCGGAACACCGCUGUCCGGGUCCAGGACAGCCGCUGCGGACGUCACGCCCUCAGCAGCUGCGAGUGCGGUGGCACUGCCGUUGCAGCUGCGCCAGUCGCUGUACUUCCGGUCCACAGAGCUGGCGGUCAAGUGGAUGGCGGCGGUCACGUCUAGGGAACUGCUCUGAUGAGCACAGGGGUGCCCCUCAGGGUGCCCCUGGAUGAGCACGGCCGUGGUGUUGCAGCCUACAGAAGUACAGGUUAGGGUGCUGCGGUGGCGGCUGGUGUGAUAGGAGCAUGGCUGUUUGGGACGGAGGGUG